AAAAGAAGAAGAAAUCCUCGGCGGUGAACUGUGAGCACUGUUUUGUUGAGGAACUGUGGGAGUGCAGAAAUUGCAUGUUUUAAAUCCUCGUUACGUUCUGAGAGUUAACAUUAUAGUGCGGUAUCAUUUUGUGGAAUUCAAAUUAUGCAGAACAAGGAGAAUCGCGUUCCAGCAGCGCUUGCUGCAGGACCUCAGCGUGUGGAGAUUAGUCAUGCUUCAGACAGCUCAAAUAAGAAUGUCAUCACAGGUCCAGGAAGAGUGCAAGCUAGCGCCUCCUCUCAAAAGAGGACAACCAUAAAAGAUUUUGAUAUUGGUCGUCCACUUGGCAAAGGGAAGUUUGGCAAUGUAUAUUUGGCACGUGAGAAAAAGCUGAAGGUCAUUGUGGCUCUGAAAGUGCUUUUCAAGUCUCAGAUGGAAAAGGAGGGAGUAGAACAUCAAUUGAGGAGAGAGAUUGAGAUCCAGUCGCACCUCAGGCAUCCCAAUAUUCUCCGUUUCUACAACUACUUCCACGAUGCUACACGAGUGUUCCUGGUGCUGGAGUACGCGCCCAGGGGUGAAAUGUAUAAGGAACUGCAGCGCUGUGGACGGUUCGAUGACCAGCGCACAGCCACGUACAUGGAGGAGCUGGCAGAUGCCUUGCAGUACUGCCAUGAGAAGAAGGUGAUUCACCGCGACAUCAAACCAGAGAACCUACUGCUGGGUUUCAGGGGAGAGCUGAAGAUUGCUGACUUUGGCUGGUCUGUCCAUGCUCCCUCUUUGCGACGUCGGACUAUGUGCGGAACCCUGGACUACUUGCCCCCUGAGAUGGUGGAGGGUCACUCCCACGAUGAGAAGGUGGACUUGUGGUGUAUUGGGGUUCUGUGUUACGAGUGCCUUGUGGGAAACCCUCCAUUUGAGUCUGCUAGCCACUCGGAAACCUACAAAAGGAUCACAAAGGUUGAUCUGCAGUUUCCCAAGGUUGUGUCUGAUGGGGCUCGGGACCUGAUCUCAAAGCUCCUUCGCCACAGCCCCAUGAUGCGUCUGCCCCUGAAGAGUGUAAUAGGUCACCCAUGGGUGCGGGCAAACUCCCGACGGGUCCUACCACCUGUUUGCAACCCUCGGGUGGAGGGUGUCUGAAUUGUUUUUUGGGAGACUGUUUUAUAUUUUCUCAUUUAAAUACCCUGGUCUGUGCUGUAUUAUAUUACUGGGAUUCUAGCCUCCGAAUAUAAGUGGAUAAAUACUUCCCAGAUUCAGCUGCUGAGAGCUGUCCAGGGUUCUUUCUUGGCCUCAAGAAGUAUAUGGUGGUUUGUCUUUGCCAGAUUAUUAUGCUGGUGGAGGAAUCUUUUUGAGGUUGUUUGCUCUUAACUCCUUCAUUAAGGUCUUUAGUUAUUCUGUUUUUAUUAUAUUGUGGUUAAAGUAAAUAUCAAAUUGUAGUAUUACACUGCAGUGUAAAUAUUUUUUUAAAAAUCCAAAACCUUGUACAACAUGUCUCUUGUCUUGUGUUCAGACUUUCUGUUGUGUGUUGAAGUGUGGGGAUGGCUGUGUACGUCUGUUUCAUUGUGUCAUUUUUACGUGUGCUGUUUGUGGAUUCAUGUUUGAAUAAAAUGAACCGUUUUACC